UGGACAUUGAUACUGGUCGAUCAAAAACUAUCAUUUGCGUUUCAAGAUACGAACCGGCUGAUGAGUGAUUGUAAACAACAAUUUAUUAAUUAUCUUUGUAAAGUUCAAUUCUAAUAAAUUUGUCCAGAGAAAUGGCUCUCUACACCGCACAUGACUUAAGCAAGAAACAACGAACGCGAGAUAUAAAAAUACAAGAAAAUGUCACGUUUUGUCAAAUGGGCCUUUCGCAAAAGAUCUCGGAUGGGUUGAUCACUGCUGGAUUUCAGCUACCAUCUCCCAUACAGUUAAAAGCUAUUCCCCUGGGCCGUAUUGGGUUUGAUUUAAUAGUACGUGCCAAAUCAGGAACUGGAAAGACUGUGGUAUUUGGUAUAAUAGCACUUGAAAUGAUAAACACUCAUAUAUCAUCUCCACAAGUGUUAAUAAUAGCACCUACUAGAGAGAUUGCUAUUCAAAUAUCUGAGGUUAUUAAGACAAUAGGUUCAAAAAUAGAAGGAUUGAAAGUUGAAUAUUUUGUUGGUGGAAUAUCAGUAGAAGAGGACAAGAGAAAGUUGAAUGCAUGUCAUAUAGCUGUUGGUGCUCCGGGCAGAAUUAGGCAUUUAAUUGAAAAAAGAUUUCUCAAAGUUUCGACAGUCAGAUUAUUCGUUCUUGAUGAAGCGGAUAAGUUAAUGGAAAUAAAUUUUCAGAGAGAUAUUAAUUUUAUAUUUUCUAAACUACCAACCAAUAAACAAAUUAUAGCCUCAAGCGCUACUUAUCCAGGAGAUUUGGAAACAUUUUUAAAAACAUACAUGUCCUCACCAGUGUUAACAUCGCCCGAUCUUGAUGGACCGAUCUUGUUAGGGAUCAAACAAUUUGUAAUUGUUGUUUCUGAACAUCCUAAUGCCAUGAAACAGGUAAAAAUAAAGAUGGAUGAGCUGGUGAAAAUAUUUACUAAUAUUGCAUUUAAACAGUGCUUGGUCUUUUCAAAUUAUCAGUCACGAGCUCAGUCAGUAAGCAAUAACAUUAACUCUAUGGGAUUUUCAUCUUCAUACAUUUCUGCACAUCAAGACAUGAAUAAACGAUUGGAAGCAAUUGAGAAAUUGAGGAACUUCGAAUGUAGAAUUAUGCUGACCACAGACUUGACCGCAAGGGGUAUAGAUGUAGAAAAUAUCAACAUGGUCGUGAACUUAGAUUUACCUAUAGAUGCGACGACAUAUCUACAUAGAAUCGGCAGAGCCGGACGCUAUGGUUCUCAUGGGGUCUCUUUUACUAUUGUUUCCAAAAGGGAACUGUCAUUGUUCAAACAAUUGUUAACUUCAAUUGGUGGACCAAACUUUUAUGUAUUCAAACUCAAUAAUUACGAAAGUGAUGUUUGGGCUAACGAUACUGAGAUGUUUGAAAAAGUUUAUUCGAGAGAUACGUCCGAGACAAGCAACAAUAACAAGCUUUCGGAUAUCGAUAAAACGGUUCUUGAAUCUAAACACGGCGCACCUAUGACAAUACCUGUUUCAGAAUUAAUCAGUGAUACAGUAUCCGAUAAUAAUAUUGCCGAAGCUUCCAUUGCAAAACAUAACGUGUGUCACUGCGUGAGCGAAAGCGCGUCAUCAUCAGAAAGUAACGUAACCAAUAACAUCACGAGUAAUAGCGAAUGCGCGAAUAUGUUGCCAAAGGCUUUGAUAAGCAAUCGCACGUCAUCAUUGAGGAAUAUGAAUUUUACUAUCAUGGAAAAUGACUCAUCAUCAGACAGUAUGACUCACAUAAGGAAUAACAAGAAAGAUAGAAAAAUAACUAAUGUAGAUAAAAAGAUAAAGAUUAGUUCGUUACUUGAAUGUUUUGUUAAAGAAAAAAUUAGAAACAAAUCUGCUGAUACUUGCGAGAGAGAUAAAAACAUACCUACAGACUUGUCCGAAGCUACUUCCACUAAUCGUACGGAUGAGUCUUUCCCUAUGAAAAAAUUGAAUGAAGAUAUUACGUUCGAUGUGGAUCUCUCGUGUAUAAACGAUCGUAAACUGUCAAAUGUCGAAAUAGAAAAUAUUAUUCAAUGCGUAAAGGCGCCUUUGCUCGGUGAAAAAGAAGAAAGUAAUGUAUCAACUUCUGUGCCAGAGUUUGUUAGUGCGAGUGACAACUCGAAACUUAUUGUACAAACACCGUCUGAAGAUGUAAUAUGCAGUUUGGAAUUGUCUAUGGAAAAAUUGGACUCCAAAGAUAAUAAAAUGUCGAAGGAAUUAAACGAUUACUUAGUAAUGUACGCCAAGGAAAUGAAGGAAAUUGGCAAUGACUCUCAUACAAAUGAUGAAGAAUCUUUGCUGAAAAUAGCUUCCAAUUGGAAAGAACAACUUGAUCUUGAAAUCAGCUUAUUAGAUGACACGAGCAUGACCGAGUCCGUUCAUAAAUUAGCGUACGAAGAAUAUUUUUCUGCCUUGAAAACUUUCCUCGAUAUACAAAAACGGGCUUUCUUAUGUAUUUUUCCGCAACUUCGCAGCGACGAGGAAGUGCAAAAAACUUAUACGUAUUCGGCGUGCAAUUCGGAUAACAACCUGUUAGACAUGUACAGGGAAAUAGAAGACUUCAAGAGUCGCUUCUCUAAGAUGGGAACCAAAUUUAACGCGUACUUUCCGUAUCCUAUAAGUAUCGACGAGCGUAUGCCCAAUUUAAUGAUGUCGAAUUCCGAGAUCGAGGAAUACCGCAAAGCUCUGCAGCAUUUGAGCACGUAUCAGGAUCCUAGCGAGAAAUUACGGGAAAUUAUAGAUUACAUAGCAUUUUUGAGUGAAAGCGAAAGACGCGAUUUAAUUCAGAAGAUAAAAGAUGAAAAGUUGUCUUUUUCGAAUAUGAAGGCACUUCUUAUUGAGGAAGCAACGAAAAGGAACCGUAAGAACAAAUUAACGGAUGCUGUGCCGGAAACACAUAUAGCCGAUGAAAAGAAUUCAAAAAAGGACGAAGUAAGCGAGAUUUCUUCCGAUGAAAUUACAGUCUAUCAAGACAAGAUAGAAAAUACGAACUGCAACACUCCUGAUCUCAAUACAAUCUUAAUUGAAAAUCAAAAUAAUGAAAACCUUUUAAACAAAGAAGAUUCAAACAGUAUUAAAAAGGUUUACGCGAAUAGACAAGAGGACGAAGGAGAUGAUGAACAUAUAAGUACGCCGAGCGAGUCGUCCUUUGUAUUUCCCGAAAUGGAGAAUAUUAUAAACCCGAUUGCUAAUAAAACUAUAUUUAACAAUCAGCAAGAGGUAACGUCUAGAAAUAGCUGCAGAAAGGAUAACAAAAAAAAUGCAUUUUUCAAAAUAGAAGUUCCAACUAGUUUUAAACCUGUACAGACAAAUAACGUUGUUUACAACAGUAUGGAGGAGUGGCAUAGGAAAUAUAGUAAACCUGUGAAAUCUCUUAAAAACAAUUCGAAAUCCAAAGCCACUGCAAAUAACUCAACUACAUCUGCAAAAUACUCGAGAGCACAAUCAGACGUACGUGUAACCGCAAAUACGAAGAGAAGCGCUCCGAUAACUUCAACAGUGCCAAGCUCUUCUUUACAAACUUCACACAAUUUAAGCUACUAUUCGAUCACAGAAGAGGGAGCGUGCCCAUCUAGUCAGAUUGAUGAUUAUUUUAAUCAGAACUCGUACAUGCCUACUUGGAUCCAAGUUUCAUCCGCAAAUGAAAGCGAAACGUCACAGUCCAAUCGUACAUCGCAACAUACGGCACCCAAAACCAAACGUCGUUCUAAAACUUCAAAAGUUCCGAGGAUAGACGAGAGCGAAACGGAUAAAGUUCACGAGGCGGAUAUUGAGAAAUUUCUAUCGUCUUUGAGAACUCAAACAGAGCGGUUGCAUCUUCAGAUCUAUCAGUCACAAAUGUUUGAGAAUUGGCCUCGGUACAGUUAGUGAUUAUCUUGUUGGAACUACGAAAUUUGCGCACGGAUGAAGGAUCGCAUUUUUGUUGGACUUUUCUCACGAUGUGUUUAUGAUUAAAGCGGGGCAACAACAAAAUGACAUGUGAAUCAAUCGAUAGUGAAAGGUCGCACAUUACCGAUACUUAACGCAUCGACGAGACAUAACUGUGUGCCGUAGGUGACCUUUUCCUACCGAUUCGACGCUACCUGCAGUUAUGUAAUUGGAUUGCUCUUUCGCGAUCGAAUCUUGUAUAAUUUUUUUCAUCAAUCACCUAAUAUUAAAUAGUUAACAUAUAUUAAAUUAUAACAAUAAUAAUUUUGU